AUGCUGUGGCGGCCCAUUCAGCGUCAGCUUUCCCUUGCCUGGGCGCAUGGCGAGGCUGCUCGCGCUGUCCGAUACUGGCCGACCCAAACAUCUAUCAGCCGGGCGCGCCUGCUCUCCAGCACUGCCGCUAGUUUCCCAACGUUUUCACAAUUCAACCGAUCUGAUUUCACAACACAGCCUUUUACUGGAAGCUAUGAAACUGGGCUUCCGACGUCUGGUCCCCUAGGCUCGACACCAGCCUUCGGCGCACCGCGUAUCACGCCAAAGGUGUUAAAGCAGUACCUCGACCAAUAUGUUGUGGGCCAGGACCGUGCCAAGAAAGUCCUGAGCGUGGCGGUCUAUAAUCAUUAUCAACGUGUGCAGGAAUUGCAGCGACGUGAAGAUGAAGCCGCAGAGCUUUUGGUAAAGCGCCAAAGGAAAGAGGCCCUGGCGAGUCAUCCCUUGGAAGAUGAGUUUCCGGGCCAGCAACGAACAGUGGGUCUCACGCCAACCUCUAAAUCUCGACAGGGCACUCUGCUAGAUCAGGGUGAGCUGGUGGAUACGUCACCGCUGCAACUUGAGAAGUCCAAUAUCUUACUCUUGGGGCCAUCGGGUGUUGGAAAAACUCUCAUGGCAAAAACUCUUGCCCGCGUUCUCUCAGUACCGUUCAGCAUCUCGGAUUGUACACCAUUUACGCAGGCGGGCUAUAUUGGAGAGGAUGCCGAGACAUGCGUUCAUCGGCUACUAGCUGCCGCGAACUACGAUGUGGAGCAAGCCGAAAGGGGAAUCAUUGUGCUCGAUGAGAUAGACAAAAUCGCCGCCGCCAAAGUGAGCCAUGGCAAGGAUGUAGGUGGAGAGGGAGUCCAACAGGCUCUGUUGAAGAUUAUCGAGGGCACAACAAUCCAGGUACAGGCCAAACCAGAAAAGAACCCUCGUUCAACAAGUCCUCCAAACUCGUAUCCAUCCAACAGCCCUCUUGGAAAUACCCCCUUUCAGCCACACAACACCACCCAGGCUGCUAAAGGCGAAAUAUAUAAUGUGCGCACGGACAACAUUUUGUUCGUGUUCUCGGGCGCCUUCGUUGGGCUACACAAGGUCGUUAUGGAUCGAAUCUCGCGUGGCUCCAUUGGCUUUGGCCAGCCUGUCCGCGGAUCUUCAACCUUGACCGACCUGCCGGGCACUUCUGAUGAGGCACAGAAUGAACCCCAAAUAAUUCUUCCCGGCUCCGAAGAGGAGGCGCUCUACAAGAAGCACCUCCCCUUUUUUACUUCCGCAUCUCCCAACGGAGCGGGCGCAUCACCAAAUUAUUUCAAUGCACUUGAUCUUCUUACACCUGCCGACCUACAAAGCUAUGGUUUCAUUCCAGAAUUGAUUGGUCGAAUCCCCGUGACCGCCGCGCUCUCGACGCUCACCCAGCCCUUGUUGCUGCGCAUUCUCACCGAACCGCGCAAUUCUCUCCUCGCACAAUACACCACCCUCUUUUCACUGUCUGGCAUUGAGCUACGCUUUACAACACCGGCGUUGCACAAAAUUGCAACCAAUGCCUUCAAGAUGGGAACUGGAGCACGAGCACUGCGGACCGAGAUGGAAACUAUCCUCAGCGAUGCGAUGUUCGAGGCUCCCGGAUCCAGCGUGAAGUUCGUUCUCGUAACCGAAGCUGUGGCUGAUCGCCAAGAACAACCAAUCUACCUUGCCCGUGGCCAAGGCGGCAAGUUCCACGCAAUGAUUUCCGCUGAAGAGAGCGAAUGGGAGGAGAAGACGCGGAGGGGCAAGAAGGACAGGAAAGGCAAGACGGCGAACGAGGUCACCAACGGGGCGCAGCAUGCAGCAAAUUUCCAGGAGUACCGGAAACGGGCUAUCGGUUAG